AUGUCUACAACCGACCACCCGGAGCCGGGGGCCAACGCGAACGCCAAUCCCCAAAACCCGACCAUUGCAUCUCCGCAUGAUCAACAGUCCACAGCACCAACCACGGAGCUUCCUGCCCGACCAGACCCUGUCGCUGAUACGUCCAUUUCUUCCGCCCAGCCAUUCGAACAGACAGCCGCCGCGAACCAGACCCAGCUCCACCCCGCAACUGGCCCCAGUGGCGAAAGCGAGCCCGCCCCCGUGACAUCGCCAAGUACCACCACCACUUCUCAAACUGUUUCAGACAACGUACCUGCUGUCGUGCUGGGACAAACUAAUACACCGCCCUCAAUGGAUACCGACGAGCCAAAGACCGCGCCCGAAACCUCAACCGAGCACUCUGAUGAUGGCUCGGGGAAGGAAGUCGAGGAGGAUGCUGGUCCAUCAUUGGCGAUAACGCUGCUGUUGACGACUGGAUCGCGGCACCCCUUUACCAUCGAUGGUAAAUAUCUAAGAAAGCGAUCGGUCAAUGUUGAGAACUUUGAUCCGUUCCUGAUGAGUGUUUAUACUCUAAAAGAGCUGAUCUGGCGCGAAUGGCGAUCUGAUUGGGAAACUCGUCCCACAUCACCGAGCUCUAUUCGACUUAUCUCAUUCGGGAAGUUGUUGGAUGAUAAAUCGCCUAUUUCUGACUCCAGGUUCAGCAAAGACCACCCUAAUGUCGUACACAUGACUGUGAAGCCACAAGAAGUCGUCGAUGACGAAGAUGCCAAAGGAGCUAAGGCACAGUACAGCCGGGAGCGCGAAGCCAGCGAGCGCAGCCCUGGAUGUCGCUGUGUGAUCCUAUAA